UGAUCUUCAUUAGAUGUGUACGUUUAGUGCGUUUUGGCUGCGAUCAUCAUAGUUGCACUGAGAGGAACGUUCCGGCAGUUUGGAGCUCUUCCGUCGUUAUGGCGCCAGUCGAAAAUUGAUUUCUCCAUUUGGGUGUUCAGCUUUUGCUCCGUGGUUCUUCUGGAUAUCACAUACGGCUUAGCAGCGAGCAUUGUCUUUGCCCUUCUGACCGUGGUAUUCCGGUCGCAAUGGCCUCAGAGUGUCACUGUUGGCAAUAUACCGAACACGGAGCUUUACCGGGCGCUGGCAGCCUUCCGUAAGGCGCUCAAUAUUCCAUACGUGAAAAUCUACCGAUUUGACUCACCUUUGUAUUUCGCAAAUGCUGACCUUUUCAAGCAUGAACUCUACAGAUGUACCGGCAUCGAUCCCAUCCAAAACGAACUUAGCCGAAACUUCGACAAAUUUGAAAUGGUAAGCUGA